UGGAUAAGAAGGAGAGACUGAAGACGGUAAAACAUCAAAGGCAAAACCCAAUUUCCUUUGCAGAGACACAGUUCUGUUUCUGGCUUGGCUUGCUUGGCUCGGCUCGGCUCACCGCAGGACUCACCGGUGCGUCUUCAUUCGUGGAUGGCUUUUUGGACUUUUCACUCGGCUUGUGUCUGACACAGCCACUCGGGGCGGCGCCUCCUAAAUGUCUAUGAUUGAAACCCCCGCCGUCCACCACCUCAGCGGGGGCGCCACCGAUCAUCACCGUCACUCGUCUAAACGCAAACUCGACGAAGAAGAUGACGGAGAUUUCUCGGACUUAAUCUGUGUGAGGAUGCGGAAAGAGGAGGCUGUGAAUUCAUGGUCGAGCUCCUCCGGCGCCUCUGGCACCGCAGGAAGCGGCUGCUCUGCGGUCGCGCAGAAGCCGCGAUCGCACAUCCAGUUCUUUGUGCGAAUGAUGUCAGCCGGAAACACUAUUGUGAUGCAGGCUUUCCCCGAAGACAGCGUGAAAUCGAUUCAUGAGAGUAUCCAAAGCAUGAAGGGAAUUCCGGUGUUUGAACAGAGAUUAAUUUAUCGGGGGAAGCAGCUUCAGUGGGAACAGACUCUCGCUGAAUGUUCCAUUCAAAACGACGCCAAUCUUCAACUCGUUGGUCGCAUGCGCAGUACUGAACACCCUCAGGCAUGGCAAAUUAUCAACGACAUGGUUUCCCUCGUGUAUCGACUUUGCUGUGGUGAGACUGUUCACGAUUCCUUGAAGACUAUCAAGGGGUUAAUCACCAGUUACUUGAACAUGACUCCGAGGAUUGACAACGAAUCUGCUUCUGGGUAUUUUCAGAUUUUCAUGUCUUCUUCUGCUCCUGACGUGCUUGUUAUGCUCUAUGUGUCCCCUUAUGCAGGUAACAAGGAUUGUGCUGAGUCUUCUGUUAGACACUUUUUGAGUUCUUGCCGAAAUACCUUGUCUAAGGCAUUGCAUGGGCAGUGUGCAUGUGUGGUCUUAGAGUUCUGUAAAUUGCUUAGGAGAGUUGGAACUAAUGACCCUUUGUAUCUCUAUUGCCGGAGUACCUUUGGGUCCUUGUUGGAAACUGCUGGGGUUUCCUACGCUGGUUCUGAUAAUGCUAAGGGGUUAGUUUUGAUUAAGGACAUUUUCCCCUUUGUUUUUGAGCUUGUUAAUUGCUUGUUGAUGGACUUGGACUCGAGUAUGGAAUCCCACAGAGCCGUGGGGCCUUUGUCUAAUGAUGUUGUGGAUUUUACUGCCUUCUUAGUGCCUUUGAGAACUGGAAUCAAGGAGCAACAAGCUGUCAAUGGUUCUAUGGCUCAAGACAAAAGUAAUAAGGAUCUCUUGCACGCCAAAGAGAUUGAAUAUCUUCACUGUUUGUACAUGCAGUUAUUGAACAAAAUCGACCAGUGCCUUCAAAAAAUGGACCAGAACUUGGCUGGCCAGGAAAUGAUGGAAGGGGAUAAUCCUUAUCCUGGGUGGUCUCACUAUCUUUCCAUCUUGAAGGAGUUGUAUCAAAUUUCUAAGCUUUAUGAUGGUGCUGAAGAAAAGCUUUGGAGUGUUUUGAGGCGACAUAGAAAUGUGCUGUGUCUGUUGAUUGUUCGAUAUGCAAAGAGAACUGAUGAGCAUCAGUGGAUUCUGGAGCAUAGGUUUGUGACCAAUUUUGAGUCUAGAAGGCAUUUGGCCAUGAUGAUGUUCCCAGAGGUCAAAGAAGACUAUGAGGAGUUGCACGAGAUGCUUAUUGACAGGUCUCAGUUAUUGGCUGAGUCUUUUGAAUACAUAGCGCGUGCUGAGCCUGAAUCUCUACAUGUUGGUUUAUUUAUGGAAUUCAAAAAUGAGGAAGCUACUGGCCCAGGUGUACUAAGGGAGUGGUUUCUUCUGGUAUGCCAAGCAAUAUUCAAUCCACAAAAUGCACUUUUUGUGGCAUGCCCAACUGACAGAAGGAGAUUUUUCCCUAAUCCUGGUAAGUUUUUCCUGCAUUUUUGAAUUCUUUCUUUUUAU